CACUGGGUCAGGCUUGCGUAGUGGGGUAGCGCUAGGGGGGAGCCAGAGGAAGCUGCGCGCGCGCAACUCUGUGCAGACCUACCAGUGUGCCGAACACACGCGCUGUCAUGAGUGCAGCGCACGCGCCGCCGCGCCACUAGCGCCGAUGCCAAACCGCCGGCGACGGGCCCCAGGCUAGUGCUCAUCUGAACGUGUCUCGUUGGUUGCAGGGCGCUGACAUAUCGGACUGUGACUAUGAAGAGGAUCAAACUGUUGCUUGUGCUCGCUACGCUCCUCUUGAAGGAUGCAACAUGCGAGGCUCCAGUGGACUCAGCUUCGUUACCUUUAGAACAUCGAGCGGGCGGUGGAUACGGCCCACCGCUAGCACCAGCACACACAGAUGAUCCAUGGCCUUUAGCCACACCUGACAGUCCAAAGAUAAAACAUCUACAAGUGCAAUGUGAAAAAACUCACAUGCGAGUUAACAUAGAAUUUGACCGUCCAUUCUACGGCAUGAUCUUUUCCAAAGGAUUCUAUAGCGACCCUCAUUGCAUGCAUCUCAAACCAGGCACUGGACACUUGAGUGCUACUUUCGAAAUCUUCCUCAACAGUUGCGGUAUGUCGAGUUCCGCAAAUCACAACGUUGCGAGUUACGGGAGUCCGACACCCAGCGGUUCAUACGUCGAAAAUACGAUCAUUGUCCAAUACGACCCUUACGUCCAAGAAGUAUGGGAUCAGGCAAGAAAAUUGCGAUGCACGUGGUACGAUUUCUACGAGAAAGCAGUCACAUUUAGACCUUUCCAAGUGGAUAUGUUACACGCUGUUACAGCCAACUUUCUCGGAGAUAACCUGCAAUGCUGGAUGCAGAUUCAGGUCGGCAAGGGACCUUGGGCUUCAGAAGUGUCCGGCAUAGUAAAAAUAGGUCAGACGAUGACUAUGGUACUCGCGAUUAAAGACGACGAAAAUAAAUUUGAUAUGUUAGUCAGAAACUGCGUAGCUCAUGAUGGAAAACGAGCACCGAUACAGUUGGUUGAUCAAUACGGAUGCGUGGUGCGGCCUAAAAUCAUGAGUAAAUUCCAGAAAAUAAAGAAUUUCGGUCCUUCAGCAUCAGUGGUCUCGUUUGCUUAUUUCCAAGCAUUCAAAUUCCCUGAUUCGAUGAAUGUGCACUUCCAAUGCGUAAUUCAAGUUUGCCGAUACAAUUGUCCAGAACCAAAGUGUGGGCUCGGUGCCGAUUACGGUGCAUUGCUAGGUGGAAAUGCGCUUAGUGCAGGGGAAUACGGCUUACCAAAUUCACCUCAUUCCGAAUAUGGUCCACCGCCACCAGCACCACACGCUGAAUAUGGAGUGCCUCCAGCAUUCCCAGACCCGAGACAUCCUGCAGACGCAACUGGUUCCUUCUCCGAAAAACGAGAUGAUGCUGUACCGCCCCCGCAAGCACAAGUAUCUUCUACACCAAACGCACCUAGUCCUUCAUCACCCGCUCCUACAAGAGAAGACGACGAGGUCAAUCUUCCACCGCCGCCACCUCCAGGACGCCGCGGUGUUUACAACACAGUAAAGAGGAAAGAUGAAGGUCAUGGAAAUCUGGCUACAUUAGGAGGUCGCCCUCGCUCAGUGGAAGAUUUGCCAGAAAGAAUAGUUGGAGUUCGGCUCCGACGCGACACGUCGACCCCCACGCGUAUCUAUAAACGAGAUGCACAAGAAAUGACGGAUGUCAACACAAGUCGCACAAUCCAAGUAGUGGCACCAGGCGACGUCAACUUCGCAUUAAACAACGCUGCAGCCAAUGAAACCGUAGUCAUCCAGUCUCCAGCGAGUGAUCCCGAGACGAUAUGUAUGUCAGUGCCGUCGUUCGUGGCCGGUUUAGUCAUGUUGCUAUUAGUGUUGAUCGUAGCGUCUCUGGUCGCCGCAUUUCUUUUCGUGCGAGUGCGAGCGCUCGACAGGAAAGGCGCGCACGGGGCAACGGCUUACUAUGAGACAGAUUACGUGAAACACACUAACUAAUAAAACUUUGGUGCGGCAUGUGUGACGUGAGGACGUUCAAUAAACAUUUCUUGGAUCCAAAGAGCGUGCGCGCUUCGGCCCCGGCCGGACGGCGCGCGGCGUCGCGUCGAUAGCUCGACUUCGGCGGCGCAACGCUGUCGCGGUCGCGGUCGAACCUCAGCAAUAACGUGAUGUGUGACUUAUUUAUUUAGUUGUCUAGUGAGCGUGGUGUAUGUGUUCGACUGUUUGUAAAUUAUUUUACUCGUGUGUAAAGCACCCUGUAUCUGCCUUAUAGCCGAUACGUCUGUUGUAAUAUUGUAAAGAGUCGUAAGUAAGGAAAUAGUGUAAGUUAUAUACCUACCAAUAAAAAUCAUGUGUGAGAACUCUA